AGCUGCACGUCCCCGGCACGGACCAUGUUGACGGCGCUGCCGAAAGCCCCUUGCCAGCCGCAGAGCCCAGGCUGGAGGAAAAGGCAGCUGACGGCACCUCUGAGCAGGACCGAGAUGGCGGCUCCGCCAACACCUCCUUGCCUGGUGCGGCUGAGGAGGGACGCGGUGAGGGGGAGAAAGAGCUGGCAGGUGGCCUGAGCGGGGACCCAGGGCCAGGAGACGGCCAGCCGGAGACCACCAUGGAGAAGGGCCAAGAGGGGCCUGGCGAGGCACAGGGCCCAAGGGAGGAUGCCAUGUUGGGUGCCCCUGAGGCAGCACAUCAUGAAAGGAACCACCGGCCUGGCCCACAGGAUGGCUUCCAUGCCCAGGAGGAUGAGGAGCCCAGUGCCAAGGAAGGAGCCUCUGAGGAGCAAGGGCAGCCUGGGGAAGAGAAAAUGGAGGAGCCAAGAGCAGUGUCUGCUCCUGAGCGGGGAGAGGAAGAGGGUGAGCAGAGCUCAGAGGAAGAUGAUGAGCAGGGGGAGUCUGAGGAAGAUGAACAUGGCGAGUCUGAGGAAGAUGGAGACGAGGGAGAGUCUGAGGAGGAGGGAGAGUCUAAGGAGGAUGAAGAGUCUGAGGAAGAUGGUGCUGGGCCAGAGGGGCCGGAAGACAGAGCUGAAGGGAGUGACGGGGAAGUGGCCAGUGCUUCUGGCAAAAACGGCCGUGGCAAACCAGCAGCUGCUGGCAAGGGGGAAGCCGGGCAUGGCCCUGCCAGCUGCCAUUACCCACCCUGUGGGGAUACAGCAGAAGACCCCACAGCAGUGACAGAAGACCCACCAGCAGCAGAAGACCCACCGGCAGCAGUGGAAGACCCACCAGCAGGCAAGCCUUUGCUGGCAGAAACGGAGAGCCCACCUGGCCACAGCACCCACCCUGCUGCUGCCGAGCCCCAGCACGGCCAGAUAGGGAAACACAGUUUGGUCUCUGUGGCUUUACUUGGCAAGUCAAAAGAGGUUGAAGAUGCCAGCGAGCCAGCCAAGCGCGACCGGUCCCACCUGGAGAGCACCCUCAAGCUGAACGAGGACAAGCCUGCCGAUGAUUUCUCAGGGGUACUACAGCGGUUGAGGAAGAUCUACCACUCCUCCAUCAAGCCCCUGGAACAGUCCUACAGAUACAAUGAGCUGAGGCAACAUGAGAUCACAGCUUACCCUGGACGCACCCUGGGCUCUUCCGCCACAGAUGGGGAGAUCACUUCCAAGCCAAUGGUGCUAUUCCUGGGACCGUGGAGCGUCGGCAAAUCCUCCAUGAUAAACUACCUCCUUGGGCUGGAUGACACUCCCUACCAGCUCUACACAGGGGCAGAACCCACCACCUCCGAAUUCACUGUCAUCAUGCACGGCCCCAAGCUGAAGACCAUUGAGGGCAUUGUGAUGGCUGCUGACAGCGCCCGCUCCUUCUCGCCCCUGGAGAAGUUUGGGCAGAACUUCUUGGAGAAGCUGAUAGGAAUAGAGGUGCCCCACAAACUGCUGGAGCGAGUCACCUUCGUGGACACGCCGGGCAUCAUUGAAAACCGCAAGCAGCAAGAACGAGGUUACCCGUUCAAUGACGUAUGCCAGUGGUUCAUUGACAGAGCUGAUCUCAUCUUUGUUGUCUUUGACCCUACGAAGCUGGAUGUGGGCUUGGAGCUCGAGAUGCUGUUUCGCCAGCUGAAGGGCCGUGAGUCUCAGAUCCGAAUCAUCUUGAACAAAGCUGACAGCCUGGCUACCCAGGAGCUCAUGAGAGUCUACGGUGCCUUAUUCUGGAGUCUGGCUCCUCUCAUCAAUGUCACGGAGCCACCCAGGGUGUACGUUAGCUCUUUCUGGCCCCAAGAGUACCAUCCAGAUACCCACAAAGACCUGUUCCUCAAAGAAGAGAUAUCACUCUUGGAAGAUCUCAACCAGGUGAUUGAGAACAGGAUGGAAAAUAAGAUCGCCUUCAUACGCCAGCACGCCAUCCGGGUGCGCAUUCACGCCCUUUUGGUCGAUCGUUAUCUACAGACCUACAAGGACAAAAUGACCUUCUUUAGCGAUGGAGAACUGGUGUUCAGGGACAUUGUGGAAGAUCCUGACAAGUUCUUUAUCUUUAAGUCCAUUCUGGCAAAGACCAAUGUCAGCAAAUUUGAUCUCCCCAACCGCGAGGCUUACAAGGACUUCUUUGGUAUCAACCCCAUCACCAGUUUUAAGCUGCUGUCUCAGCAGUGUUCCUACAUGGGAGGGUGUUUCCUAGAGAAGAUUGAGAAGGCCAUCACUCGUGAGCUUCCCGAUCUCUUGGGAAGCAUUGGCUUGGGGAAGAAGCCCAACAUUCUCUCCUGCGACAUCACUGGUUGUGGUGAAACCCCAAAGAAUCGCUACAGGAAACCCUAAGGUGUUCUGUAAUAUAACCGUCCAUGUGUUCCUACCGGUGAAUGAGCUUGUGUCUUAUCUGUCCAAGAAGCCAUGGUUUGUUAACCGUUUGAGUGCCACACUGGCAAAGGCUACUGUACGAUGAGGACUUUGAGUCAUUGACAUCGAUGGCAGGGGAGGAUGGGUGGGCAUAAGAAAGAGAAUAAAAACUGUGAAU